AUGAGGCUUCUUUUCCUAGCCUUCGGCUUCUUUCUUGUACUCGCCGCAUCUGCCGUGGCUGUACCCGACGGAUAUGAUAGGUACAACUUGGCCACUCGUGGUGAUUCAUCGACUGAAUCUUCCGAACAACGCGUUGAGGGUGUCGAGCUCCAAGGUGGCAAUGCUACGUCUGAGAUCAGUCAAGGUCAAGCAAACACUGUUACGGUGAAACUUGGAACUCUGCGUCAGAAUGUCGGUGGUUUGAAGGGGCCUGCGAUAUAUGACAUGAUAUAUAAGGGUCUCCAAUCACUGUGCAGAGCUGAUCCCUUACAUCCCGGUCGAUGUCUUCCGGAAGGUUUCCGAAUCUUUCCCGUAAACUACAUUGAUGGCUGGCAUGGACAGUCAAAGGAACCUCUGCAGGUCACGGUCACGGACAGCUACUAUGGAGACAAUAUUGCACUUCGAAACCUCAUGAUUGGUGCGAUCGCCUCGGCAAUACAGAGAUCGACAGAAGACAAGAAGAACUGCGAAAAAUGGGUUGACAUAUACCCCUUGAAUGUCCAUGUCAUCAAAGACUACUGCAAUAUCGGAGAUUUUGUGGAGGUAACUACGCCGAAUGGUAGAUUGGUUGUGUCCUUCCAAUCAAGCAGACGGGGUGGGCAUUAUGAUUGCAUGGCAAUUAUUGGCAAAGUGGACGCAGAUGUUCAACGUCUGAUGCCGGAAUACAACAACGCCCAUGGUGCAAAUCUCAUGAGGAACGUCAUCUGUUCGGACAAAGGCGUCACAAAUUGA